CCCUGAAGCACUCCCACGUUUCAGCAAAGCCAGCAACGACAAUCCGAAUCUCAAGACGACGGAACUUCAAGAUAGCGGGAUAGUGGAGCUCCCAAAGUUUUCACAGCAGAUACCAUGGAAGCCGUGCUCCCCCCUAGAUAUACUGUUCAAUCGGCUCGCAAUCCAUUCCGCCGCCCUCGAGCCGAGACAGUUGACUCUUGUCUUAAAUACAGCCUUGGGGGAGAACCGAGGACAAUAAACGCUACCAGGUACAGGAUCUACCAGUCCAUCUUCGAUCGGUCUUGCUCAGAGCCAUACCUCAUUUCAGAGAACGUGGCGAUCAAAGUGCUGCGGUUAUCGGCACUGCAGGAUGAGGUUCUGGGAGUUCUCUGGGAUGAUGCUCUCAACGCGACCUUUGAAUGUUCAUCGUCAGUUGAACCCAGAGAAGAGUUUCUCAAGAAGGAUGAGUUCUUGAUAAUUCUUGCUGGUCUUCAGAGGCAGCUUGGACUUGAUGACGAAUCGUUCAAAGAGAGGCUUUCAAAUCGCGAUGAAGCAGAUCCCGCGCAAGUAAGAUCCUCCGGUGGGGAAGUAACUUCGCUCGAUCCUCAGAAAACUCCUCUUCUGAAUUUGCAAGUCUUUGCCGUCAGUGAGGAUGUCGAGCAGGACGUUGCACAGAAGAGAAUAGUAUCUUCCCCCAAUUCAACAAAAGCUCUGAGACAGCAGUAGGCAAUGAUCACCCCUACGCAGACGGCUUUACCGAAUACUCUUUAGCUUUUUACCAUCCAACGCCUCCAGCUGUGGUAAUAUUUGGCAAUGAUGUGAAGUCAACAGUAGUUGAUCAAUCUGGGAUUGGAAAGAGCUCCCC